AUGAACGCCGGAGCAGCGCUGCCGGCCGCCAAACGGCGCCGCACCGGCCCGGCCAGCCGCGCCAGCAGCGGCAGCGGUCAGGAGAACAGUCUGGGCCGCGCGCAGCGGCGGCCGGGCGGGCGGCGCGGCCGGCCCCCGCUCCGGCUGGUCACCGACAAUGGCGGCCCGCCACCGCCGCCGCCCCCUCCUCCGCCGCCACCCGACGAGUCGCCGGUGACGACGCCCUCGCUGCGCUCCGACGGCAAACUGCGUGAUUUCGACUGGCAGCACUUCAACAAGAUGGUGGAGGAGGCGGGCCGUCGCCGCACCGCCGCUCAGCGGCCGGCCGACGAGGGUGACGGUGCCGGCGGCGACACCUCCCCGGAGCCGGCACCCAUCGUCUACGAGAGCCUGACGCCGGCCAUGCGAGAGGUGCUGGCCAAGCGGCAGCAGCGCUCCCCGGAGAAGGGCGGCAGGAAACGCAGUAGAACGGUCAGUCAGAGCUGCCCGGAGUGGACGGGCGUCGGCUCCCCAGUGACGCCUGCCAUGGCCGCUGUGAUGCUCAUCCGCGCCCGUCGGCUGGCGGCGGCGGCCCAGGAGUCGGCCGCCGCGCGCCGGCUCGGCAAGGCGUCCGGUGGCCGCCAGCGGCGCGUGGCCGGUCUGCUGUGCACGCCCGAGCCGCGGCCGACGCUGCGCGCCAGCCGCCGGCUGCGGGCGCUCCAGUGCAGCCCGCGAGCGGUCUGAGCGGCGCAGCGGCGACGGACGGCGGCGCAGAGUCCAGAGAUUACAGAGGUUUAUCGACUGGCGCCGACAGACAGUGCGACCGAGCUGGCCGCGCGCGGUGGCGGUCCCUCUAGUGUUACAACGCGUCGACGAAGUGUCUAUCCGUGAUUUAAUUGUGCGACUCCUCAAAUGUGUCCGGAAUUGACGCAGUAUCUGCGCGGAUAGCGGUGCGCUCCGUGCUGCUGCGGUGACUGGCGAGAUGUGCGCUGGGCGGUACAGCGCUUCUGGUCGACGGAGGACCAGCCGCGAGCUGGCAAGAGUCGCGCCACCGCUGGCGUCACAGUCAAAGCGGAAUGGCGUUGGUGUGUGCAAUUUAUGUUGGGGCGGCCGCCAUUUCAGUGAGUGGCAUCGAACGAAAUCAUGAACUUACGGCUCAGGAGCUGGUGAUUGACGUAUUUGCGGCAUGCGGCCUGCGCUCGUGCGCCAGUGCCGGCCCAUGCCGCAGCCGGAGGAGGCGACUGCCGGUCAGCUCUUCCGUCGCGGCGCGCGGUUUAUCGGUUCGUUAUAACCGGCGUAAUUCCCCGGUUGUUUAUUUUUUCAAUGGUGCACGUGCGGCCAGAGUGAAUCGUGGAGAGCUCCAGAGUUUUCCGGGAGUGCGGAUAUCCUUCCACUCUCUUCUGUUCUGUGAUAGUUUAUUUCAUAGUUGUGUAUAAUAAACUUUACUCAAA